AUGGGGGAUAACUCUGACAUCGACAAGGCCACUACAAGUGUCCCUCAGACAUUGAAAGAGGAGAACACCAAUGUUCCGGCUACUGAUUCAAACCCCGAGACUCGAUCAGGGACUCCUAUUGAGUCCGAGACAGAAGAUGAAAAACCAAACCCGACCCACCCAAGCGAGAAACGGCGAGCACUCAGCUGUAAAUUCAAGGCUUUGUUGUCACGGCGCGCUGAAGCUAUCACAGAGGAGGAUGUCAAGGCUGUUAUCAAGGUAACUGAUGAUACUCAGCUAUCAAUGACAAAUAUAAUUGCCAAACAGGACUAUACCUCGAUUAUCCAUGACCCUCGUGAGUACCAACUUGAGCUCUUUGAGAAAUCAAAGGAGAAGAAUAUCAUUGCUGUACUCGAGACUGGCUCAGGCAAAACACUUAUUGCCGUCCUUCUCCUCAAGCAUGUCAUUGAACAGGAGUUGACAGAUCGUAGUCUUGGACUGCCGCCUCGUAUUUCAUUCUUUCUGGUUGAUAGUGUUACGCUUGUUUAUCAACAAGCAGCUGUACUACAGAACAAUAUACCUCAGAAGAUAGACAAAUUUUGUGGUGCAAUGCAGACAGAUCUCUGGAAUAAGGAGACCUGGGAAGGCCACUUCAAAAGAAAUAUGGUUAUUGUCUGUACGGCAGAAGUACUUCAUCAAUGCCUGCUUCAUUCCUUUAUUCAGAUUGACCAAAUCAACCUGUUGAUCUUUGAUGAGGCUCACCAUGCUAAAAAGGAGCAUCCGUACGCAAGAAUUAUCAAGGACUUUUAUUUAAAAGAGCCUGAGAGGAAGCCAAAAAUAUUUGGCAUGACUGCAUCGCCAGUGGAUGCCAAGGUUGAGGUUGUGGGGGCAGCAAAGACUCUUGAAGCCAUGCUUGACAGCCAGAUAACUACGGCAUCAAAUCCUGCUCUUCUACGGCAGAGCGUGACUCGGCCAACAGAAGAAAUCUGGGAAUAUGAUAGGCUUGAAUUGCCUUUCGAGACGCCACUUUAUAGAAAGCUUCGGCAGAAGUUUGGUGAUAUUAAAGUCCUGGAAAAGAUAUUUAAAUUCUCACGUGAGACAUCCUCAAGUCUAGGAAGCUGGUGUUCUGACUGGAUAUGGAGCUACUGUUUGAGUGAGGAAACCCUGCCUAAGCUAGAAGCUAGGUCAAACCGGCCUUUGAUGAAAAGUAUACCCAACCAGCCCUCAUGUGAUACGGAAGCUGAAAGGAUCAGGGAGGCGGGAGCCAUCAUCAAGGAACAUGAGUUUGGUGACCCAGUCGCUAAUCCGGAGCUUCUCAGUCGUAAGGUGCUGCUACUGAGAGACCAGCUGCUACGGCGGUUUAAAGAAAACCCAGAUACCCGAUGCAUUGUCUUUACCGCACAACGCCAUACAGCAAGAAUUCUUAGGGAUCUCUUCAAGAAAAUUGGAUCUCAAUAUAUUCGGCCAAACCUACUGGUUGGUGUCCGGUCUGGUGGUGAUAAAAUUGGACUAGACAUCUCUUUCAGAGAACAGUUCCUGAAUGUGAUAGCUUUUAGGAAGGGAGAGAUCAAUUGCUUGUUUGCUACGUCCGUGGCCGAGGAGGGGCUGGAUAUUCAAGACUGCAAUCUCAUUGUUAGGUUCGAUCUUUACUCUACACUCAUUCAGUAUAUUCAGAGCAGAGGCAGAGCCCGGCAUAUGGAGUCCACGUUUGCACAUAUGGUGGAACGCAAUAACUUAAUGCAUGAGACUGCGGUUGAGGAAGUUCGCCGCUCGGAGGAAGUUCUCACUCGGUUCUGCAAAUCCCUUCCAGAGGACAGGUUAUUAAAGGGAACUGGUGACAUUGAUAUGAUGAUAGAAAAAGACAGGCAGCAAAAGUCUUACACUAUCAAAAGCACGGGUGCAAAGCUGACCUACCCUUCUUCAUUAGCUGUUCUUGCACACUACGCAAGCACUUUGCAAUAUGAAAAAGAACUGUCAACUCAGGUUAGUUAUAUAAUCCAUCCGAAAGAUGGUGCCUUUAUCUGCGAGACCAUACUCCCCGAGAAAUCACCAAUACGAGGAUGCAUGGGAAAGUCGGCCUCGCGGAAGCUCCUUGCAAAACAAUCUGCAGCCUUUGAGACGUGCCUGCUGCUGCGCAAGAACAGGUUACUUGAUGAAUAUUUCAUCUCAACCUAUCACAAACGACUCCCGGUAAUGAGAAAUGCUCGACUCGCUAUCACAUCUAAGAAAAGCAACAAAUAUAGCAUGAUAUCCAAACCUGCAGCGUGGGAACUCUCCAGGGGAGAGUCCCCGACGAUUUUAUACGCCACUGUUCUCUCACUCUCAGACUGUCAGAAGCUGCAAAGGUCUUACCAUCCAAUUGUAUUGUUGACAAGAGUUCCAAUGCCUGACUUCCCUUCUUUCCCCUUAUACCUGGAACACAAUAAGAAAUGCGGUAGCUGCAGCAUAAGAGUUGAGGAAGGACUCAAAGUCAUACCACCUGAAUUGGAACUUUUGACCAAAUUCACCUUCAGGGUCUUCGAGGAUGUCUUUCACAAAAUUUAUGAAGAAAAUUCAUCGCUGGUGUCUUACUUGAUUGCACCCGCGAAACUUGACGGUGUUACAGACAUCAAAAAGUCAAACCCAGUCGAACUGAUCGAUUGGCAGAUGCUACAAUAUAUUCAAGAAAACGAGGAACUUCUCUGGUCGCCUGAUAUGCCUAACGAAUUCCUCGAGAACAGGUUCUUGGUAGACAAGUGGGAUGGGAGAUAUCGUUAUUUCUCAAUCAAAGUCGAUCCAACUCGACGGCCUCAGGACCCAGUUCCAGAGAACGUGGCCCGACGCCGAUACAUGGACAACAUUAUGAACUAUUGUCUCAGCCUGUUUAAAAACUCGCGAGCUAGAUUCAUGCAAAGGUGCAACUGGGACCAGCCAGUUUUGCGCUCGGAACUCAUACAACUUCGUCGAAACUUCCUGGAUAUAGAUGAGAACCCGAAAAGUCCUCCUGUGGACUACUAUGUCUGCGCGGAGGCAUUGAAAAUCUCCGCAAUCUCUGUUCCCUUGGCCACACAAAUAUUCGUUUUCCCAGCAAUGAUCUGGAGAAUGGAAUCUUAUCUCAUUGCCUUGGAGGCCUGUGAAAACCUCCAACUGAAGAUUCCACCAGAACUAGCGCUUGAGGCAUUGACUAAAGACUCGGAGAACACAGAGGAGCACGGCAUGGAACAAAUUCGAUUCCAAAGCGGAAUGGGCAAGAAUUAUGAACGGCUUGAGUUCCUUGGCGACUGCUUCUUAAAGAUGGCAACAUCCAUAUCUCUUUUUGCCAUGAAUCCGGAUAACGAUGAAUACGACUACCAUGUCAAGCGUAUGCUACUCAUCUGCAACCAGAAUUUGUUCAACAAUGCAAUAAAUUUGGAGAUUUUCAAGUUCAUUCGCAGCAGAUCAUUCUCAAGACGAGCAUGGUAUCCCGAGGGUUUAACACUGCUUAAAGGCAAAGACAAGAAAGAAGGUCCAAAUGGUCCUGAGCAUGCGCUUGCUGACAAAACUAUUGCCGAUGUAUGCGAGGCUCUAAUUGGAGCAUCUCUACUGGCUGGAGGUCCUGAUCACAAAUUUGACAUGGCCACCAAGGCAGUCACGGUUUUCGUCAAUAGUGAUGACCAUCGCGUGGAAAGAUGGGCAGACUACUCAAGACUGUACUCUUUGCCAAACUACCAAACAGCAUCAGCCAGCGCAUCUGAGAUUGACGUUGCCAACCAGAUCCAGUCAAAGCUCGGCUAUUGUUUCAAAUACCCUAAGCUCCUUCGGUCCGCUUUCAUGCACCCAUCGUAUCCAUCUCAGUGGGCAAAUGUCCCUUGUUACCAACGUCUGGAAUUCCUUGGUGAUUCUUUACUUGAUAUGGUUUGCGUCAAUCAUCUUUUUGAGAGAUACCCCGACAAAGACCCUCAAUGGCUCACAGAGCACAAAAUGGCAAUGGUAUCCAACAAGUUCCUUGGUUCGCUUGCAGUCAGCUUGAACCUCCAUGUCCAUCUUAUCCAUAUCAGCAAUACUCUCCAAGGCCAAAUUACUAGCUACACAGAAGAACUGCAGGCUAUGAAAAUCAAAAUGGAAGGAAACCUUGAGGCCUGGACAUACACAAACGAACCGCCAAAGUGUUUACCGGACAUUGUUGAAGCGUACCUCGGAGCCAUAUUCGUGGAUUCGAAUUUCAAUUUUGACGUUGUGGAUGAUUUCUUCCGAAAGUUCAUCCAGCACUAUUUCGAGGACAUGAGCGUGUACGAUACGUUCGCUAACAAGCACCCUAUUACCUUCCUUCACACUCGACUCGCCGUAGAUUUCGGCUGCACGUUCUACGCCUUGAAAGCAGAUGAAAUACCAUGCGUAGACGGCACCACGGUGCGUGCCCUCGCGGCGGUUUGCGUCCACGACGACAUCGUGGCCGAAGGGGUCGCCUCAUCUCCUCGCCAUGCCAAGUUGAAGGCGAGUCAGAAUGCCCUUCAGAUCCUUGAGGAGAUGAGUGCGGCGGACUUCCGAGCAAAGUACAAGUGCGACUGCCGCGAGAGACAGGAGGAGCACGAGGAAGAGGAGCCGGAGACAGCGGAGGAGUGA